UCACACAAGUGAUCAAAUCAACCCCUAACUGUGAGCAAGGACACUUUUGAUUGGUUGGAAGAGUUGCACACCCCCAUCCCUUCCCCUAUCUCAGUUCUAGAGUCUGCUUUUUAACAACUGGGCCCACGCUCACCUAUUUCACUUGAGGCAUUCGGUCCCAGUCCUACACCUGGCUGUAAAAUGUCUGACAAAGGAGCCUUCGAUACCAACGUGCUGACCCUCACCAGGUUUGUUCUGGAGGAGGGCAGGAAAGCCCAAGGGACAGGUGAGCUGACGAACUUGCUGAACUCCAUCUGCACAGCUGUCAAAGCCAUUUCAACUGCUGUCAGGAAGGCUGGGAUUGCUAACCUAUAUGGCAUUGCCGGAAGUACCAACGUGACAGGGGACCAGGUGAAGAAACUGGACGUCCUGUCCAAUGACCUGGUCAUCAACAUGAUCAAGUCCUCCUUCACCUCCUGUGUGCUGGUGUCAGAGGAAGAUGAGAGGGCCAUCAUUGUGGAACCAGACAAGCGGGGAAAAUACAUUGUGUGCUUUGAUCCACUGGAUGGUUCGUCAAACAUCGACUGUCUUGUCUCGAUUGGAACAAUUUUCGCCAUCUACAAAAAGACUACAGCUGGUGAGCCAUGUGAGGAGGAUGCUCUGCAGCCUGGAAGAAACCUUGUGGCAGCUGGUUAUGCUCUGUAUGGCAGUGCCACCAUGAUGGUCCUGUCCACUGGUCAGGGAGUCAACUGCUUCAUGCUUGACCCUUCAAUUGGUGAGUUCAUCUUGGUGGAUCGAGAUGUGAAGAUUAAGAAAAAGGGAAAGAUCUACAGUUUGAAUGAGGGAUAUGCGCAGCAUUUUUAUCCAGAUGUGUCGGAGUACCUACAAAAAAAGAAAUACCCCGAGGAUGGUUCUGCUCCAUAUGGCAGUCGUUAUGUUGGUUCAAUGGUCGCUGACGUUCAUCGUACUUUGGUGUACGGAGGGAUCUUUUUAUAUCCUGCUAAUGUCAAGAGUCCGAAGGGCAAGCUGAGGCUUUUGUAUGAAUGCAACCCCAUGGCCUACAUCAUGGAGCAGGCAGGAGGCAUGGCCACCACAGGGUCCAUGAAUGUUCUUGACAUCCAGCCCACCAACAUCCACGAGCGAGUUCCCAUUGUCCUCGGAUCCCCUGACGACGUGAUGGAGUAUCUUUCCAUCUGUAAGAAGCAUAAGAAAUGAGUCUUGUUGCAGGACUAACAGCACAUUUGAGAGGCUCAAUCGGAACAUUUAUUGUUAAGUGCUUUCUACUCAGUUCCUCACCUGCACUGAUAAAAGAACCUGGAACCUCACUGGGCCUAUUCAAUCUGCCUCACACUAUGCUUGCUCCAUCUUGCUGCUGUGUUACUUGUAGAGACUGACCCCUUAUUUUCUUUUUUUU